AUGAGCAUUGCGGGGUGCAUGGCGAUCUGCCCUCGCAUGAUUCUCACAUUCUCCCGAUCUCGUCGUCGUAGACAGGAGUAUCAUCUCGGCAAGGGGACGAUUCGUGAUAGCAUCUUGCGCGAAGGAAGACAUCCUUCAGGGUAUGGAAGGAUCGAAGUAGAAGUCUCACGAAACUUAGACCGAUACCAGAGCCCGUAUUGGAGGGCUUGGAUGAGCGCUGUUUCUGCGAUCGGGGGCUCCCCCGGGGUCUCGUCAAGGCGGGUUCGGCGUUCGCCUGUGGAAACGGUGGCGGUUUCUCCUAGCGUCGUGGUGACGCAUCUAGUUGCGUUAAGUUCGUCGGUCUCGUCGUACAAUAUUGGCUCAGAUUCUUCGCGAGGUCGUCGGUUUGAAGGCUCGGCUAUCAUAAAGGAUGAUGCGGAGCUUCCGCUCGCGAAGGAAGCAUGA